UGCUUGCUGUCUCUCAGCUCAGCACAGCACAGCACAACACAGGACAGUCUGUCCCAUGUCCUCUAAACUUUGUUAAGGAAACAGAGUCGCAUCUAAUUCAAACUCAGAACAAUGGGCAAGUACAUGAAGAAAUCCAAAAUCACAAGCGAUGUUGUUGCUGUCAUGGAACUAACCUCUGGUGUCCGUACAAGAGCCAAAACCCAUGCUUUACAGCUACUCCAGUCUCCUGUUUCUUCUAACCCAGAUGCUACUUCCACCUGUUACCUCCAGCUGAGGAGCCGCCGCCUUGAAAAACCAGCGCCACUCUUCAAUGCCGAAACCAAAAGGAACCCCACCAAGGAGAAGGAUAGUUUCAGCUGUAAAGGGGCUUCUAGGCUGAGAGUGAAUUCUUCCAGCGCUACUGGUGAUUCCGAUGAAAAGGGCACUGGGAAGUUGGGUUUCAAAUGUGAGACAGAGGGUUCUGGAAGUUUAAAAGAGGCUUCUUCUGGAGACAACUGUUUCGAUUUCGAAAGGUGCACCAGGGAAAGCACACCAUGUAGCUUGAUAAGGGACUCAGAAACCAUAGCAACCCCGGGUUCAACCACAAGACAGAGAAGCUCAACUGCUGGUAGCCAGAGACUUUUGAGCAUGCAGAGAAAUAUCCCGACAACAUGUGAAAUGGACGAGUUUUUUGCUGGUGUAGAACAGCAACAGCAGAGACUAUUUAUUGAGAAGUACAACUUUGAUAUUGUGAAUGAUCUGCCGCUAUCUGGGCGCUACGAAUGGGUCCGAGUAAUCCCUUGAGCGGUAUCAUCUGUGCUUCUGUUCCUCCAUCUUGUUUGUCAUUUUCACGCAAAGGAUUCUGAAAGAAGUGACUUGCAUCUUGUUGCUUUAUAUAAUCUCAUCAUCUAUCUCCCUUGCAAGCUCAUGCUAAGUGAAUGGAAGCCAUGGAAGAUGUUCAACUCAAAGAUCUGUAACACAACAGAGCUGGUGAGUUACAGAUUAACAUCAGAUUGGAAUCCUGGAAAAGGCUUGGGACUCAUUUGAGAGGAGGAUAGGUAGUUUAGGGAUUAGUCUCUUAGCCAUUGUAACUUUUAGGAGGUAGUGUUUAGUUGCUAGAUCAUCCUUCUCGUCUACAUCCUCUUCAAAUUUCACUUGUGUCUAUACAUGGGGAUGAACUAUGAAUUUCUUAGGGAAUAAAUGGACUCCACUUUUUCCA